GUAUGAAAUUUUUUUUAUGGCUUGAAUAAGAAUAGAAUAGAUAUGAGGAUAUAUAUAUUCCAUCCAAUAUUUCCUCUUAUGGCUAUGGAUAUCUGCAGAAUCCUUCUUCCCUCAUCUCCCACUCCUCCUCCACCACAACCAACUAUCCCAAAACUCAAUAACAUCUCAAAUGCUACGCUUUUCACGAAAAGAAGUUUAAUUCUCGCCGCAUUGCAGAUUUGUUCUGCUUCAUCUGUACUGGCUGAAACACCAUUGCCAUCAACAUCUCCUACAUCUUCGAGCUAUUUUCUAUCGGGCAUUGCAAACACCCGGUCUUGGUUCCAGUUCUAUGGCGAUGGCUUCGCAAUUCGUGUUCCCCCAGACUUUCAGGACAUCAUGGAACCUGAGGACUACAAUGUUGGACUAGCUCUCUAUGGAGAUAAAGCUAAACCAAAGACUUAUGCUGCUCGCUUUGCAUCUUCUGAUGGAGACACCUCUUUCAUGAAGAUUGCUACUUUGAUCUCGAUUUUAGUUGAUUUAGGGCAUGGUGUCUUCAUCCUAAAGGCCAAAGACAUUGCUGAUUUAGGUUCACUGAAGGAGACAGCUAAGAUAUUCGUUCCGGGUGGAGCUACUUUGUACUCAGCCCGUUCAAUCAAAAUUAAGGAAGACGAGAGUUACAGGAAUUAUUACUUCUACGAGUUUGGAAUGGACGAACAGCAUGUUGCACUUGUAGCUGCUGUAAGUAGUGGGAAGGCAAUAAUUGCGGGAGCUGCUGCACCUGAGAAUAGAUGGGAGAAGGAUGGUGUUCGUCUCCGGUCUGCCGCAGUCUCUCUUACACUACUGUAGAAGUAAUGGAACUCUAGGUAGGCUGAGAAGAGUAUGUGGAAAGUUUCUCAAUAUUUGUAAGAUACCUUGUGAGAAUCAAACAUACAUACAGAAUGUACAACUCUCCUACAUUGAAUUUACCAUGCCACGUAAUGCUUCUUUUUCUAAACAAUUUUCUCCCAUCAUUUGAUUUUCUCGCACCAUUUGAUUAUCGACCGGGGUUUUGAAUUUUACCUAUUGAUAGAGAAGCAUUUUGAAAAAUCAUCAAGAUAACGACGU